UGGAAUGUGGGUGUGCUAAAGUUGAGCUCCUUGCAGGCAUAACUAGACGGGGCUGCUACCAGCUCUUUUUAAGUUCGCCGCUAAUUCACGGAGAUGUAAUAAACGGCAAGUUUCAUGUGAAGGUGCGACCGACAUUUCAUUGGCUGCCGUGACUCUAUUCCAAAUAUGCGUUUCCCACUUGGUCUGGAUACAGUUGUUUUGAGCAGUAUCAGGCAAAUUGGCAGCAGACGUCGCCCUGCUCUUGCAACUGGAUUCGAAGGGGCACGCACCAGUUAAUAGAAGCAGUUCCAGAAAAGCGGACUGAGCGGAGGGAGCCUGGCGCCAUGACGGGGGCGGGGCUGGAUGAUGACAUUCCCCUGGGCGAGAGGAAGACGGUCACAGACUUCUGCUACCUGCUGGACAAGUCCAAGCAGCUCUUCAACGGCCUGAGGGACCUGCCGCAGUACGGGCACAAACAGUGGCAGUCUUACUUCGGCCGAACCUUUGACGUCUACACCAAGCUGUGGAAGUUCCAGCAGCAGCACAGGCAGGUACUGGACAGUCGGUAUGGGCUGAAGAGGUGGCAGAUCGGGGAGGUUGCCUCCAAAAUAGGCCAGCUGUACUACCACUACUACCUCCGCACCUCCGAGACCAGCUACCUGAACGAGGCCUUCUCCUUCUACUCCGCCAUCCGCCAGCGCUCCUACUACUUCCAGGUCAACAAGGAGGACAGGCCUGAGUUAGUGGUGAAGAAGCUGAGGUACUACGCUCGCUACAUCGUGGUCUGCCUCCUGCUCAAUAAGAUGGAUCUGGUGAAGGUGCUGGUUAAGGAGCUGUCAGAUGAGAUAGAAGAUUACACUCACCGCUUUAACACAGAGGACCAGCUGGAGUGGAACCUGGUUUUACAGGAAGUGGCUGCUUUUGUGGAGGCGGAUCCAGUAAUGGUGCUGAAUGACAAUAAUGUCAUUGUGAUCACAUCCAAUCGUUUGCUGGAAGGGGGCGUGCCCCAGCUGGAGCAGGGCAUGGUGGUUGGUCAGCUCGCCCUGUCAGACGCCCUCAUCGUCGGCAACUGCAGCAACCAGGUGAAGUUCAGUGAGUUGACCAUCGAUAUGUUCCGCAUGCUCCAGGCUUUGGAACGAGAGCCCAUCACCCUGGCAACACCGAACACCAAGCCAGGCUCACUGGAGCCCACAGAGAAGCCGGCUAAGAGAGAGAACCCCCACAAGUACCUGCUGUAUAAGCCCACCUUCAGCCAGCUCUACGCCUUCCUGUCUGCCUCCUUCAAGGAGCUGCCAGCGAACAGCGUGCUGCUGGUCUACCUCUCGGCCACCGGAGUCUUCCCCACCGGACGCAACGACUAUGAAGGGCCCUAUGACUUUGGAGGUGUCCUCACUAACAGUAACCGUGACGUGGUGAACGGGGAGAUGCUACAGAAGAGGAACCAGGCGCCCAAGGAGAUGCACUGCCUGCACCCUGGGGACCUGCUCCCCUUCACCAGGAAACCCCUCUUCAUCAUCGUGGACUCCUCUAACAGCUCGGCCUACAAGAAUUUCACGAACCUGUUUGGACAGCCGAUGGUGUGCUUGCUGUCACCCACAGUGUAUCCGAAGAGCAUGCAAGACCAAUCGCAGCGCGGCAGCCUCUUCACGCUCUUUCUGUACAGCCCCCUGGUGGCCUUCCUGUACGUCUGCGGGCUGAGCAGCAUGCGCCAGGGCAUGUGGGAGAAGGCCCAGGAGCUCCUGCAGAAGGUGUACCGCGAUAUCGGCCAGCUGAUGACCCACUCUCCUGCCAUAGACCAGGCGUUUCUGCAGUUCUAUGGUGAUGAGUUCCUGCGGUUGCUGCUGCUCCGUUUCGUCUUCUGCUCGGCGGUUCUGAGGCUGCACAAGCUGUUCCGGGAGGCCCGGAGCUUUCCGGAGUCCUAUCCCCCGCUGCCCCCGCAGGACACGGUGGAGAACAGCGUUCUGCAGCGCGGCGUGCUGGAGCUGGCGGCCAUGUUGGACGUGCAGAGCCUGUUCUGUGACGGGCUGAUGGACAGCUACUGACCCCUCCCCCCAGCCACUCCCAGCAGUACCUGGCCAUGCCCACAUGCUGACAGAGCUCUCUGGAGGAGGGACUUUGGAGAUUUGACCUUGGAUUUAAAUGUUAUUUUUCAGGGUUUUUGUCUUUCCUUCAAUCCUGGCAGAGAAACAAUUUCUCCUUAUUUUUUCAUUUUACGUUUCCCAUUUUACGGAAUUUACAAAAAUGUUUUUCGUUAUUUACACAUGAACACCGGGGGUGCUGUUGAGUGCGCAAAUGCCCCGUGACGCACAGAGGCACAUGCUUUCAGUUUACGCACACACACACACACACACACACAUCCGUUACCUGCUCAGGAUGGGCAUGGACCGAUAGAGCCGUUUCCAGAGCGUACAUUCAACAGUGCGGUGGGGUUUCGCCAGCAGUUACUCAAGGGCGACGCUGCCUGCUGUGCUUCCAAAAGAUCACUCCUAACAUUCAGAUGAGCUGAACUUGAGGCCUCCUCAUUUGCCAGCCCAAGGGCCUGUGGCCUUGUUCUCUUUCCGGCCACCCGGGCUCAGGAUUACAGGAGCAUUCUGCAUGUGAGUAUCUGUGUAAAACUUGGACAGAUGUAGCGAUAGCUGUAGCCUGCUUUCUUUAUUCAUGUUAAAAUAGUGCGCCACCUAUGUUCUGGGAGGGUGUGCAAUUUAGUUUGCUUGUUUUUUUUGUUUUGAGUUCCUCUGCUGAGCAGCAGGGGGAGGUAUAGCCCCUGUGUAAGUUGUGCUGUAUAGUUUAUUGACGGGUGACUGGUCUCCAAGGUAACAGCUGGUGGGACUCAUGUGACUUGAAUCGUGUCCUGUCAACCUGCGAAAUGCCUGGUUUCCAGUGGGCAGGUGUUAAGCUGUGCAGUUCUAAUGAGAGCCAAAAUGGCGGCGUGCAUUUCACCUUAUGAGUCCCACCUGCAACUUGUGAAUCCGUUGGCCCCAGAACAUCUGUAUGGGUGGCCAUUGACCUUUCUGAAGGUCCGGCAUUCCUGUAGCGCACAGACCGUUGUUUUAUGAGCUCCUGUGAAGUCCAUCGUUAGUCCAUCUGUCUGUCCUGUGGUGCAGGUCUUAAAACCUUGUUUCCAGUUUGUAUAGAAUUUUUUAAUCUAUAUUUGGGAAACAUCUCAAAGGAAAAAUAUACACAUGUGUGUAACUUAAGUCAUUUGAAAUGAAAGUUAAAAAUGACGACAAAGCACGAACAAAAGUGAAGCAGUGAGGCGCUGCUGUAGUGUGUGUGUGAGUGUGUGUGUGUGUGCGUGUGUACAUGCAGGUGUGUGUGUGCAUGCAGGUGCGUGUGCGUAUGUGUGCGUGUG